CUGCGUAGCAUAUCGCAUACAUGCUACACUUCCUAUAAUAAGUUACUAUAGAUUUAUAUAGGGGCAUCUGCCUUUGCGCGAGCGAGAAUCGUUUUAGCAACACACAUACACCGACUGGAGAGUAUUCGUGCGUGUGUGUGUGUAAGACUGUGGGUUCGUUCAUGUAUGUGCGCGUGCAGAGCUCCGAACCAGACAGCAAUGAAGUGAAGUGAGAGUGCACCCAUCCAUACUCUCGCGGCUCUCCACACUUAGUACCUUACCGGCACGCAUUGACUUUUCGCCGCCCUCCCCCGUGUGCUGCUGCGCGUGCAUCACACGACACCAAGAGUAGUGACUCUCGUUCAUUUUUUUUUUGCGCCGAGUGCGUCUGUCGACAGUCAUUGUUACACGUUGUACGUAGCGCGGCAUCGACUGUUAAUCGAGCCACGGACACGAUAACGCAUCGUCGCUCCGAAGAAACGGAAUCACCGGCCGGCGCGUGUAAUUUCCCCACCUACACACACAUACACGGCAUAAGUUCGCGUGCACCGACGCACAUACACGUCCAGCGGAUAUAGUGUAUAGUGUAUCAUCUAUAUACACGCACACAGUCUUACACGCACACGCGCGAGCCGCGACCGCAUAUAGGUACCGCAUAUACAUAUUUUACAUCUCUCGUGAAAGAUGGCGGAGCAAGAAGUGUCGUCGGACGGCGAGAAGUGCAACAAAAGAUUCAAAUUCGACUCGGAUCGAGACAACAACGUGAGCUCGACCUACGACGGCAGCAACAAUGCCGAGGCCAACGAGCCCACGAGCAACAACGACCUGGUCGAGGCCGAGGAGGAGGAGGAGGAAGAGGAGCAGGAGGAGCUGGACAACAACGACGACGACGAGCAGGAGCUGAAGGACGGCAGCGUUCACGAGCAGCAUCUCAGCCUGGCGAACUUUCAGCUGACGCGCGUGCUCAACGUCAACAGCGUGAGAAAGCAGAUAUUCGUCGAGGGCAAGUUUCGCGGCUACAGCAGCCCGGCCGUCGUCAUACUCGAGAAGAAGGUCUUCCCGGAGGACGAGAUAUUCCUCAAGCGCGGCUUCUUCAACGAGGGCACCAUCAUCAGGCGGCUCUUUAGCAACGACGUCUAUGGGAAUUACGAGUGCUUUCCCACUCGCGAACACAAUGGUUUAAAUACAACCAUCAUUCAUCCUGCAUCACAAAAGCAUUUGGACAAAUUCAUAAGAAAAGAGCUUUACAUGGUAGAAGAAAGCUAUGAGACUUAUCAAAAUGUGACACUUCCUCAUCUGGAAGCUAAUAAUUUUUCAUUACAGUGGGUCGACAAUAUUUUAACUCAUAAAGCUGAAUCUGAAAAAAUCAUUUUUGAAGACAAAGAUCCAGAUACCGGCUUUGUCAUGCUCCCAGACUUGCAAUGGGAUGGACAACCAGCCACGUUAAAUAUUAUCGUUAUAGCAAGGAAAAGAAUAAAAUCUCUUAGAGAACUGAAUGAUACUCAUUUACCUCUUUUAAAAAAUAUCAAGGAUGCAGGAACAGAUGUUAUAAUGAAGAAGUAUAAUAUACCAGCAGCCCAAUUGAGAAUUUAUUUGCAUUAUCAACCAUCUUAUUAUCAUUUACAUGUACAUUUUUCAUACUUAAUGUAUGAAAUUGCCGGUAUUUAUUGUGAAAGAGCACAUUUACUCUCAAACGUUAUUAGUAAUAUAGAAAUGGUUCCAGAUUACUAUCAAAAGGCUGUUUUAUCAUUUGUAGUAAAGGAAGAUGAUCCUUUGUGCAAAAAAUAUCAAGAGAAAGGUAUUUUAACUGUGAUUGACAAGUCUGUCGAAAAGUAAAAAAGUGAAUAGUGUAAAUUAGGAAAUUAUUUUUUAUCUUUAAAUUUAACUAGCUUUUUGUACUGACGUCGAAAGUCUUCUGAAUCAAUAUACCAAAUAAAUUGUGAUGGAUUACGAUCUUUCUUAAAAUUUAAAUGAUGAACUGAUAAUAAACUUUUCAAAGACAUUUUA